CCGAGCGCGUGCGUGUGUGUGUGUGUGUGUAUUCAACAUUGGGUUUUAUUAUUGUCACCAGCGACAUCAACCAACCAGCAUACCGCGCCGUCGAAUCAGUGCCAUUUCGUCCGGUAAAAUUGUGUUUCGCAACCGUUGUCGGUCUCGUAAUUUUCGGCGUCGGGCAACGAACAGACCGUGUACUAACCGUCGUCGUCGUCGUCGUCCGCGAAACGCACACCACCGUUUUUCGCCGUCGGUACGCGUUAUCGCGCGUUCUCGGCCAGUCUCUCUCGCCGUAACGGAGCGCGAACGAACGUGCGCGCGCGCGCGAGCCCCGACAUCGCCGUUUGUUGUCGGCCGUCGCACCGACCUCCGUGUGCACCGAACGAACGUUUCGCGGCAACAUGCCGACGCUGUAGUCGCCGGCUCACACCGCCUUGGCCGCUUCAGUGCUCGACGACCGUAGCCCACGUCUGACAGUAAGGUGAUAGUAGCUAGUCUGUCGAUCCAGCCCGGUUUCUCCGUAUUGCCAAUGGUCGUGUCGUGUGCGUUCAAAGUCGGCGGGCCGUGAAGACCAUGCCUCGAGAGACGGCCCAACUGCAAUCGGACGACGCUGGCGAUGGCGAUGGAAAUGGCCGAAACAAACGCAGAACCGUCCCAUAACACACGGUGGCUCCGCAUACUUUCGUCUAGUGCCGCCGACUGUACACCGCAGUGAUUAUAGUUGGUCCGCCUCCACAAAAAUUAUAAUCACUAGCUUACGCGUGUGAUGAUCAAGGAGAAGCAAUACAUUGAAACAAAGUCUUCAUCGUUUAGUAGUGAAGGGGACCCUAGUGCUGGGGAUGAUAACCAAAUGAUCAAAACACCAGAUAAUAAUAGUGGUGAACUUCAUCACGAUUUGGACAGAAUUAUCAAAACCGAAUCUGAUAUGACAGCUUUAAUAGAUAAUGCUGGUGGGGAUGUAGGUGAUAAUAAAAGUGGCGUUGGUGGAAAUGCUAGUAGCAAUACUUCUCCAGGUGCUUCUAACACUGACCAAAAACAACAAUUAAUGUCAAAUGAUAUUUGUCUUAGUCAAAUUAAGCAUGAAGAUAACAGUAAUAACAGUGGCAUUAAAGUAGAAGAUAACAAUACUACAAGUACAACCACAACUACUGUUGAAUCUGACUUUGAAUCGUGCGAUCGAGUUGUACUAUCUUCAAUGAAUAGUGGAAGUGGAGGGCCAUCAGACUUAAUUGAUGGUUCUGGUGGUGUACAACCAUUAAUGAGUAAUGUUUUAGGCCCAAAUACUGCAGGCAACAAACAAUCAAAUACAACUAGUGGAAAUAUGGAUGCCCAACAACAACAGUAUAUGCAACAACAAAGUCAGAUUUUUGUAUUUUCCACAAGCUUAGCAAAUAAAUCAGCUGAAUCUGUAUUGGCUGGCCAAUAUCCUACUAUUAUAGCUUAUCAUUGUGCUCAACCACGAACAAAAAAAUUCCUAGAAAAACAUCCAUUAAAAGUAAACCAGUUUAAUAGACAAAAUCCCGGACAAUGGAUGAAUAAUGUGGUUGCAUCCCAACAACAAAUGAAACAUCAACAACAACUUAACAAAGGUAUGAAUCCUCAUGGCGGACAACCAAAGUAUGGUGGUAGUACACCUUAUUCAAGAACAAUGAAAAAUAGCAAUAGUCCAUCAGGUUCCUCAAUGGAAAAUCCUAUGAUGCAACAACAACCAGGAGCAAGAAUGCCAAUGUGGAAUCAUCAUCAGGGAAAUAAUAUCAAUGAUUCUGGACCUCAACAGCUACAACAUCCUUCAAAUCAUAAUAUGAUGGGAUCAAUGUGUGGUCCAGGUAAUAAUGGUAUUAUGGGUAUGUCAAAUCAUGGUGGUGGUGGAUCAAUGGGUCCUGGAAUGUUAAUGAACAACAAUAAUUCAAAUCAAUCAAUGAUGGGAACUGGCCCUGGUUCAAUGAUGAAUCAGCAUGGAAAUUUAUGUUCUAUGGGGCCUGGUAGUGGUGGUGGAAUACCUAUGAAUGGUAUGGAUUUAGAUUUAAUGGAUCAUCACAACCCACAUCACCAACAACACCACCCAAAUCCACAUCACCCAUCUAAUAUGAUGGAUGGUGGUCAUAGACCAAUGAUGGGUGGUGGUCCACAUCAUCCUCAUCAUCCACCUCCCCAUCAUCCCUCUGGUGCGCUUCACCAUAGAAGUUCUCUUGGAAUGGGUGGGCCUCCUCACCACCAUGGUAUGUCUGACAUGAUGACAAUGGGUGGCCCUAAUAAAUGUCAACCAUCUCCAAUGGAUAGUCUUAUGUCAUCAUCUGGUGGACCACCAGUAGCAGUACCUUCAGGUCCGGGUGACUCCCCAGGUGGCCAUAAUUCUUUAGCCUCUAUGAUGCCAUCGUUAGACUUUGAUGAUCCUAUAGGUAGUGGAAACUCAUCUCUAGGAGCAACAUCACACCAUUCAUUAACUGGUGUUCAAGUACCUGAUGAAAAUUUGACUCCACAACAAAGGCAACACCGUGAAGAACAACAAGCAACUUUACGGAAACUUCAAUUAGUAUUAUUUCCUGAAAACUCAAAUAGUGGUGGAGGGCCUUCUCAGCAGCAACCUCCUCCUGUUACAUCGUCGUCCUCUUCUGUUGGAGGUCCAUUAGAUAAUUGCAGUGGAAGUGGUGGUAUGGAUGAUUUAAUGCCAUCUAUUGAUGAUGAUUUAGAUGUAGAUGCUGUUGUAACAGCUGCAGCAGUAACUAGUUCUGCAGGUGAUCUCUUGUUGCCACCUAAAACACCAACAUCAUGUUCAUCUGAUUGGCCAAAAUCAAUGUUUGGCAAUGAAGAUGAGAAGAAGAAAGACGGAGGACGUUGUGGUCCACCACCUUCUUACCAUCAAACAGUAGCUCGAUCUGCUAGUGUUCCUAUUGUUUCUGUACCAAGUUGUAGCCCCAACUCACCAUUAGCUGGCAAUGGUACUGGAGUAACAAAUAGCAAUUUGUCGUUGCCAUCUCCUCGCACAUGUUCAGCGCUCAAUUCUCCAGCUGGUGGUCGACCAUCGUCGAAUAUGAGUCCUACUGCUGUACGAUCUCCUGGUAGCAAUGGAUCAAGACUACAAUCCAGUAAUCCAGGUACACCAGUUCAUAUGUCGCCUGGCCACAAUUCUUGUUCAUCUAUGAAACAACAAAAAGGACCGAUGUCCAAUGAAUUUUCACCCUCAUCUAACAUUGCUACUCCGGGUCAACCUAGUGGUGGUGGUGGUCAACAAUCUCCUGAUGGACUAUUUUGCCAUAGUAAUAAACAGUUAUCUAAAAGAGGGGAUGAACCUAAUUUAAUGCCUGUUCCUUCUCCUCAACACAUUCAGUAUCUAAAUACAUUCGAUGGUCAAGAACUUACCAUUCAAAAACAACCUAAUACUGGUUUAAAAGAUUCAUCAUCCUCUACUACUACGACUACUUCAACAAUGUCCUCCUCAGUUUCUUCAUCUCAAAAUAAUAUGGACAUGAUAAUGACAGAUUCCAAUAUGAAAUCAUAUAAUAUCGUUCGUCCUGGUGAUAUGCCUUUAAAUCCUUCUGCAGCCGCAGCAGCUGCUGUUGCAGCUGGUCUUCAAACAUCACAACAUCAACCAAUGAAACAUUUCGAUCCGAUAUCUUCUUUGGCUCAAAUGAACCAACAGUUAGCUAAUAACGUAGCUGGCGGAGGAUCAUCUCCGAUUGUUAACCACGGUGGUGGAGUACCUUCUUUACACCAUCCUGGUGGUCCAGGACAUCAUCAUCCUGGAGGUGGAAUGAUGUCACCUUUUGGUGGUGGAGGGGGUCCACCUAUGCACAUGAUGGGUAGUAAUAAUGAUCCUAUGUGUGGUCCAAUGGGAAUGGGCAGUGGUGGAAUGCAUGACAGUGGAAUGGGUGGUCCUCCUGGGAGUGGGGGUCGUAUGAUGUAUGGACCUGGACCGGGGAUUGGACAAGGACCACCACCUCCAGGUCCUAAUGGAGGUGGAAUGUCUAUGGGACCAGGAGGUGGAUUACCAAUGGGAAUGCCUCCAAUAGGUGGAGGUAGAAGUGGUGGUAUGAUGAUGAAUUCCUGUGUUAGUGGUGGUCCAUUAUCACCAAAAUCAUCGUCAAUGAUGCAGCAACAACAGUAUCAACAACAACAACAACAACAAAGAUUAAUGCCUAGGAUACCAGCAGGAGGUGGUCCUGGAGUAUUAUAUAAUGGUGGUGCUAAUAUACAGGUAAAACCUAGUGCACCCAACACAAUACAAUAUUUACCUAACAAUUCUAGAGGUGGUGGUCCUAGAGGUGCUCCUCCACCUCCUCAAAACCAACAACAACAACAACAACCUGGUUUAGACUUUUUGCAAAGGUUUUCUGGUGGACCUGGUAACGGUGGAAAUCCAUUGUCUAAUCUUGAUGGGAAAGUACCUACUCACAAUUUACAAUAUUUUCCAAAUUCUGGUGGUGGUGGUGGUUACAAUAAUAGUAAUGGCGGCGCUGGAAUUAAUGAUAUUAUGUGUGGUAGUGGUGGUCCUCCAGGAGGAGGUGGUAUGGGCGGAAUGCCACCCGGUGGCCCUAAUAAUAGUCGAGGAAUGAUGCGUGGUAGUUCAGCGGGUAUGAUACGACUAGGAAGUGGUAACAGUGGAAUGGGAAUGAGUGGUAAUAAUUAUAACGGUGGGCCUUCAGAUAACAUGUUUGGUGGUGGUGGUGGUCCUCUUCAUCAUCCAUCAUCAGGUCAUCCACAACAACAGCAAAUGAUGAUGAUGGGAGGUGGUUCAGGAGGCCCUCCACCUCAACAACAUAAAGGCGGAGGAAUGAUGGGUGGACCAGGUCCUCCAGAUGCUACACAACCUUUACCGCCAUCAAUGGGUGGUGGAGGAGGUCCAGGACCUGGUGGUGGUCCUGUAGGAUUUAGAGGUGGUCCACCUGCAGCAAAUUCAUUCAUUGGUCCAACUACAGCAGAUCCAAAUUAUGCCCAGCAAUUUCAUAAUUUCCAACAACAAUUAUAUGCCACCAAUACACGUGGCGGAGGUGGUGGAGGAGGUCCAUCAGGACCAGGUGGAGGAGGGCCUCAACAAUUUUUUGUUUCCAAAUAA